AUGAAUAAACUUCGCAAAAACGGUUCACUACUUAUUAUCUUAAAAACUUUUCGAAAAAAAUCUUUUUUUUCAUCUAUAAAUUAUCAUUAUCGGCAAACUUAUACCGACUCCAUUCUUCUUAAUCCAGAAGGUCCCUUUCAAGCUCCUAGCUAUGAACGAAAAGCUGAACCAAAACGUAUUGAUGUUAAAAAACUGCCUAGAUUUGAACAAAAUAUUAUGAUCAAUCCUUAUGCAACAUUACUCCAAACACCUAUACGUCAAUGCAUUUAUCACGAAAGAUGGUUCCCAACAUCAUUUCUAGUUCGUUUUAUUAAAGCUUACAAUGAGAAAACAUCGACAACUUGGAUUGUACCAGAUUUUGCAGAUGAAGGUGUAAAAAGACCAGGUAAAGGAUUUUGGAUAAGAUGUAACUCAAAAAUUCUACAAUUAACUACUAAAGAAGGGAAAUACAAGUAUAUUGAUAAUAAUGCAUUUUGGAGACCUGAUAUGCAUGAACAUGUUUGGAAUGUACUUCUUGAUAGAACUCUGUCACAAUGGAAUAAGGUUUUAUUGUAUAUUGGAACUAAAAGAUUUCCUCAUAGUAAAAAUAUAGUUUUUGUUCCAAUAAUUCCAAUAGUCAAAUCAAAAUCAACAAAUUUUGUAGAAUAUAAAAUAGGAAAUGAGAAAUUAUGGAUUAAUGGAAUUAAUUGUGUAUUUAUACUUGAUCCUAUAAAAACACAAGGAGAUACUAUUAUUAAUAAUCAACAACAACACCCACAUCAGCUAGUGCAAUCAAAAAGAAAUUCUAUUUCAUCAACACCAAUAUCUUUUAUUAAAAAAGUUUCUUUCUAUAAUAGAGAAAAUAAUUUAAUUUCAUAUAAUGUGACAUUUUAUAAUGUAAAAGAUUUAUUUGGGAAUCAUGAGUUGAUUAGAUUAAGAAAAUUUUUAAAGUUAAAUGACAAUGAUAAUGAUGUGAGAAUGUUUGGUUUGGUUACAUUUUUAUCUACUAAAUCACUUUCCAUGGCUUUGUGGAAAUUGCAUUUAUACUUACAAGACAUUUAA